AUGUCUCGACAACAGCCUGAAAACAUGGCUCUCUCCAUUAUCGUGGAGGCAAAUUUAUUUACAGCGAUGAGAGCUACCACCUUCAGCACAUACCCCGGUGACACUCUAGCCCACAUUUUAGGAGCACGUCUUGACCGGGUUCAACCCCAAGGUCCUGGAGGACAACGAAGACCAGUCAGAAUCAUGUCGAACAUAGAUGAUGAUCCUCAUCAGGGUGUCGACAGUGAACGCUGGACUUUGACAACGGAUCCAACCGUAUCACCAAAUCACCCUGAAUGGUUUGAUGCUUAUGUAACUCAACCUAUCAAAAUCAUUUCCCCACCAUAUCCUCUUUAUAUGCCUGGAUGGGAAGCUGAUGCUCAGCGGGUAUUCUCGCAAAGAUCGGAACAAUAUGUUCCCAUUGUGCGGCACGGAGUCAUGUAUACAGAGUAUAACCCUAGUACGAACCUCAAUAUCCUUAUCGGAAACGGCGAGAACGCCACUGCAGGUUUUCCUUUCCACGCGGUUCGCAACCUUGCCAUGCUCUUACUAGUAUACGAACCGGAGCUCGAUCGAAUGGUUCGGCUCCCCACAUAUAUUUGCCACCCAAAUAAUCCAAAACGUUGGGUUUCUCCGCUAAGAAGCCCUCACUUUCAACCUCCAAAUGUUCCCGAGGACUUCUCGCGUGCUUCUCUAGCUUCCCAUCUCCUGGAUACAUGCCCCGAUAUGCAGUCACUCAUUUGUGCCUUCAACCCAGAGCUUCCCGAAUCAGAGCAGCCGGCUAAGCACUAUUACUUUAAAUAUGACUUCUCCUCACAUCUGGAUGCUACAGGAGAAUGCACCCCCGGCACAAAUCAGAACGAUCCGGACUCUCCACCAUCCGAUGGCCAGUCUACGCGAAAGACACUACAAUUCCGCCUUCCAAGCGUAUUGGUGGUGGACCCUGAAAUAUUAAUUCAUUGGGCUAGAUUGCUGGGCGGUCUGGUAGAGUUUGCAAGCGAGGUGAACCUCAACACACUCCAAGAAACCCUGGGAAUUUCUGAUCAUGGACCCUCCCCUGCCGAAGGGAACACGACAGUCGGUCCAAGACCUCCAGAAUUUGCUGCUCCACAACCACCAGGAUCGCUACUGCGCUUGUUGACAGCCAUGGAACAAGCUAAUAUUCAUCUCGAUUCCGACACGGCUCGCUUUUGGCACCGACGAAGAACGAGAGGGUGA